CAACGCAGACUGACCGCAGUUCGUUUCGUAACGGCAUCGCGAUGAGAAUGAAAUCGAAGUCAAUUCGUCAUCGGGCAUCGAUUGCCAAAAGCGCACUAACAAUUGCCGUGACCACGGCAUUCCUAAUUCAAGUCGCGUAUAGUGUUAUAAUUUGUAAUUAUGAAAAGUUCGACUUGUACGACGCUUGGUAUCAGAAGAAAACUGACGACUUUUGCGUGUUUAAGGAUGUGUUCUUGCCUAACGAGGUGCGGUACGCGGAUUUUAUGGCAAGCAGUUUAGAUUACAAAAAAGUGGCGUUCACUAAUUCAAAGUUCCCGUUUGUUCCACCCUCGUUAUAUCGGAAUUUCGACGAUAUUCGAGAACUUUAUGUGCGACGGUGUUCGAUUGAUACACUGAGGAUAACAAGGUUGAUCGAAAAAAUGUAUGCCGGUAACAAUCAAAUUACCUCCAUCGUGGUGGAUGGAAAUGGAUCUAAUAAUCUGAAGGAGUUGUAUUUGGAGUCGAACUUAAUUUAUGACAUCGCGAACAUAACCAAUCUCCCAAAUUUAGAAGUUCUAGUGUUAGAGAAUAACCCGCGCAUUGGAGACGUUGAUUUUGCUUUCUUUUCCCGAAUGGGUAAUCUUUGGAAGUUAGAUCUCGAAAAUACGGGAAUGAGGAAGAUAACUAACAGUCUUAAGUUGAAUCUAAAUGAACUGCUGCGGCUGGAUCUAUCCAACAAUGAACUAACUUACGUCAACAUUCAGCUAUUCCAAACAUUUCCCAAGUUGCAACAUUUAUGGUUGAAUGGGAACAACAUUUACUUCAUGGAGAUGGAACCAGUUCGUUCUGUCGUUCCGGACAUUCGAAGCAUUGUCAUUGACGACAACUACUGGGGCUGUCAGCAUUUGUCGAUGGUUAGUAAAUACCUGCUGGACAAUGGAGUUAUCAUACGCAGUAAAGAGUGUAAGUCCCGAUCAGUGAAUAAAGUGUGCUGCUCAGAUAACACCGAAUCAAUCGAUAAUCGGUACAUAAUUGAAAUGAACAUAAAAUCCGAAAGUAAACUACACGAAGGCAUCAAGAGUCUAGAAAAGGAGAAUUUAGUGCUGCGUCAAAUCGUAGAUGGAAUGCGAACGCAAUUGCACAAUUUUAUGCAGAACUACACCGUGAUGAUAAAGGAUGAACGAACGAGCGGCGAAGUGCAGGCGGACAAUUUAGCUUCCACGGAGGAGGAAUCAUCAGAAGAUUUUGCGUACGACGACAGUAGUGAGCUCGAACGAUUUAGUGAUCAGGAUAGUGUGGAACUGGACGUUAUCACCGAGGAAGCCUCCAGUGAGGAAGAACAAAGUACGGAAGAAAAUUUGAUCGAAUCGGAAAGUGAACAAAGUAGUGAAGCGACCGAGUGAAGUGCGUUUUAUCUAUGACAAAAUGACAACAGUUUGAUCGCUAUUCGAUUAUGUUAUUCGCUGAAGUGGAUUGUGCACACAGAUUUAUACAAACGAAUCAAUGAUUAGAUUAGAACGAACUAGUAGCCGAAGGGUUUCUGCAAAAAUUGACCAGUAACAUUGGAACUCCAUAGUCAUGCUGACCAAAAGUGCGCCAGAACACUCUAUCUGCGAUGACAUGCACCAUCGCUUGGACUGAAUAAAACUGUGGAAUACUUCUUUUCUCUAGUGAUAUAUCGAGCCGAAACGAGAAAAUGACGCGAUUAUUGAACAACUUUUUUUUACCAGCGGAAAUGAAGAAUAGUUUCAGGAAAUAGAAUGCUGCUUUUGACUGUUAUCUGCCAGUAAAAAUCUAUUUAUUUGUAC